AAGACAGUCAGUCACAAAGUCAGACACACGGGCAGUUUUGCUGUUGUGUCUUCCGUAAAGAGGAUAGUGGUGCAACUGAGUGAAUAGUGACCCGGGUCAAAGAUCAAAGGUCAAUGUCACGCGGAGGAACGAUGGAGUCCCCCCUGAUGGGGCUCCUGGGUGUGCUGAUUGCCGGCCUUCUCUACCACACGUGCGUCAUUGCUCAGGACGACAACCAGGCCUGCUAUGCCACCGUCGGAGAGCCGUACACCCAUUUUGGCACCAAGACGCCGUACUCUGUGGUGCUAAACAAAGAUGACUCGGAAGUCAAGUUCCCCGGCUGUCGACCGGCCCAGUUUUGGCUCACGGCUCGUCACGGUACCCGGUACCCGGGUGAGGACGACAUCGAACUGAUGGCACGCCGUCUGCCGGAGCUGCAGCAAACGGCGCUGAAAAACGCGGCAGAGGGCAGAGGCGAGCUGUGUGAACAGGACCUAACCAACAUCCGUUCCUGGAGCCUGGCCUUUGACGUGUCGGUGGAGAACAACCUGACGCCGUCCGGAGAGCAGGAGCUGUUUGAUAUGGCAAAGCGGUUCCAGCGCCGCUUCCCCACGCUGCUGGGGCCGCCCUACAGCCCGGAGAAACACAAGUUUCAGAGCACCGUGAAGCAGCGUGCCCGGGAGAGUGGCCGGUUUUUCGCCAAGGGCCUGUUCGGAGACCAGCCGGUGGAGUUCCCAAAGUCGGAGAAAAAUCAUCCGCUGCUGCAG